AUGCAAAUCUUCGUUAAGACGCUCACCGGCAAGACCAUCACUCUCGAGGUGGAGAGCUCGGAUACCAUUGACAAUGGUGAGUGGCGAUGCCUUUGCGGCGUGACGUAUGCGCAUGCAACGAGCUCGACGAGCUCAUUAGAAAACAUCUGUCUUCCGCAGUCAAAGCCAAGAUCCAAGACAAAGAGGGCAUUCCUCCCGACCAACAGCGUCUGAUCUUUGCCGGAAAGCAGCUCGAGGAUGGCAGAACUUUGUCCGACUACAACAUCCAGAAAGAAAGCACCUUGCAUCUCGUCCUUCGUCUUCGCGGAGGUAUGCAAAUCUUUGUGAAGACCUUGACUGGCAAGACCAUCACGCUGGAGGUCGAGAGCUCGGACACUAUCGACAAUGUCAAGGCCAAGAUCCAGGACAAGGAGGGUAUUCCUCCCGAUCAACAAAGAUUGAUCUUUGCGGGCAAGCAGCUGGAGGAUGGAAGGACCCUGUCGGACUACAACAUUCAGAAGGAAUCCACUCUCCACCUCGUGUUGCGUUUGCGUGGCGGUGGCAAGCAAAGAUGCAAAGCGGGUGCAGGCACCGAGGGACAGUGCAAAGACGCUGCCAUGCGUCUGGCUGGAACUUGCCCACAUUGCACCCUUGCGUUCUGUGGCAAGCACAGAUUACCAGAGACGCACGCUUGCUCCGAGCAAGAAAGUGUGAGGAGCAAAGCCUUUGAUCUCAACAAGGCGAAGCUGGAAGCGGAACGAACUCAGACGAAUAGGGGUCUUGCUCACUGA